GUGCCAACAAGGUGGAAAUCUACUCUGUGUAUGUUAGAGCGAAUAGUUGAAAUUAAAGAUGCAGUGAAGACUUCACUUGUACUAUUCACAGUUGAUUUUGAACAACUGACAGAUGAGGAAUGGAACAUCUGCUCAGAACUCUGCUCUGUGUUGAAGCCAUUUGCACAGGUUUCAACACAGCUUAGUGCUGAGUCAUAUCCUACUGGCAGCCAAGUUAUUGUUCUGACAAGGGGAUUAUUAUCAGUGUGUGCAGAACUUUUGAAAAGGCCAUUUAACAGUGUGACAGGGACUGUCAUUGAAGAAUUAACAAAAGGCCUGAAGGACCGUUUCCACAAUGUAGAGAUGAGCAAGUCUAUAGGAGUAGCCACUCUACUAGAUCCACGCUUUAAAUCUCUUGUGUUUGAAAGCCGAGUUGCAGCAGAUAAUGCAAAGAAACAGCUUAUUGAACUAGUAGCACAAAAGAUGGGUGACAGAAGAGUGACAAACACAGGCCAGAGCCAUGAAACUGUGUCAACUUCAACCACCACUGAUCCAUUGUCAGUAUGGGGUGUCUAUGAUGCAAUUGUAAAAUCAACACAGCCCCAGGGCACUCCUCAGUCAGCUGCUAUUGUGGAAGUACAAAGUCGUGAGGGAAAAAUUCAACAUAGUGGCCACUUCCGUGCCAUGCGAAAGAAUAUUUUCUAA